GACCCAGCGCGGGGAGAGCGAGAGGACCGCCGUUACCGUGACGACGAGGAUGGGCUGCAAUCUGUGUAGUUUCCAGAAGAGAGAAGAGCAUUACAAACUACUUUACGAAAUCUCCCAGGUGAACGGGAGGGAUCUGUCGCGGGCGAGUCAUGAAGAAGCGGUCGAAGCGUUCCGAAGCGCUAAAGACCCAAUCGUGGUGCAGGUGCUCAGACAGUCAUCUCUCGCCCAGGGUCAAGGGUCAUCAGGAGACGUGCAGGUGGUGGAUGUGUGCACACAGACGGAAAUCACAUUUGAGCACAUCAUGGCAUUGGCCAAACUCCGCCCUACAACUCCACCUGUGCCCGAUAUCUGCCCAUUCCUCCUAUCAGACAGUUGUCACUCUCUGCCCACUCUGGAUCAGGAGUACAUGGAGGGCAGCGAAUAUUUGUCCACACUGGCAGCGGACGCGGAGAGGACCGAUGACUUUGAGUAUGAGGAAGUGGAAUUAUGUCGAGUGAACAGUCAAGAGAAACUCGGCCUCACGCUGUGUUACCGGACAGGCGAUGAGGAAGACAUCGGCAUAUACGUCAGUGAGAUUGAACCGAACAGCAUUGCUGCUCAAGAUGGUCGAAUCCAAGAAGGCGACCGUAUUUUACAGAUUAAUGGUCAGGAUGUUCAGGACAAACAGGAAGCAGUAUCUGUUCUGACUAAUGAAGAAUGCAGGAAUAUUGUGCUGCUGCUCGCCAGACCAGAAAUACAGGAGGAGCCGUGGCUGGAUGAUGAACACAGCGAGUUCUUGGAGGAGCUGAAGAUGCAGAUGUUGGAGGAACAGAGGAGAGAAGAAGAGGAGAUGGAGAGAGCAGCCAGAGAGGAGGAAGAGGAGGCCAGAAGAAUGCAAGAAGAUAACAUCACCGCUUCCUGUUCCUACAAUCACGAGAAGUUGUUGAGUCAGAUGGACGUUUCAGGGGAAGCUUCUGAGAAGAACGUUCUCGCUAAGAUCCAAAAGAGACUGUCACGGUGUCUGCGUCAGCGGCGAGAGGCUACGGGUCAGAAUCGGGAUUGCCCAGCAUCAGCGCAUCACUCUGGAGACAGACUGGACCAUGAUGUUCCUGAAGGAGACUGUUAUCAACAGCUCCUGGAGCUCAAGUAUCAGAUCCGCAACAGCGGCGAGUAUGACCUCCUCUACACCCGCAGCAGCACCAUCGAAUGCAGCCUGACGGAGCAACGCAGCGGCUUAGAACACGAGCUGCGGCUGCUCAACGAGGAACUGCACAGCAUCGAGCUGGAGUGUCAGAACAUCAUGCAAGCGCAUCAACUGGGCAAGCGAGACCAGCUGCAACAGGGACCCUGCAGCCCUCGCCACGGACAACGCGGCGGAAAGUUGGCGGACAUCAGUGAGCAUCCCGAGAAGUCAGACAAGGACAGUUCGAGCGCAUACAACACGGCGGAGAGCUCUCGCAGCACGCCUCUCGCAAUGGACCGCUCUCCAGAACACUCUAUGCAGAGGAUGGUCAACCUCACCAAUCAGAAGAACCUAAAAACUAGUUUCCUCGCCGGCCACAGAUCGCCACCUGUUAGGAGAGCACCGAGUGGAAGUCCUGACCACAGCAAUCCCUCAGAGUCUGACCAAACACCUCCUGCAGAAGACGAAAGCUCUCAGAGGAAAAAUCUUCACUCAAGGAUCCCAUGCUUAUCUCCACGUCACCAGCAAGCGGACGUCUCGGCACCUUCGCAACAUUACCAGAGCUACAUACAUCUGAUCCAGCAGCAGUCUGCCUUGGAAUACACCCACAGCCAGCUCAGUCUUCUGGGAAUGAGCGGCCCGCAGGUCAGCCAGCCUUCGGAACCCAAGAUGGAGUGGAAGGUCAAGGUAAGAAGCGAUGGGACGAGGUACAUCACCAAACGGCCAGUCCGAGACCGACUGCUCCGGGAGCGAGCGCUCAAAAUCAAGGAGGAACGCAGCGGAGGUAUGACGACUGAUGACGACGCUAUGAGCGAGAUGAAGAUGGGACGCUACUGGAGCAAAGAAGAGCGCAAACAGCAGCUCCUACGAGCCAAAGAACAGCGGCUGCGACGUGAGUUCAUGCAGCGGAGUCGUUUGGAAAGCUUGCGCGAGAAUCCGCAGAGCGGCGGAGAGGGACGCAAGGAGGUUAGCAUCAUCGAACUCAGUCGUCGUAAGAUGAUGAAGAAACGAAACAAGAAGAUUCUGGACAACUGGAUGACAAUUCAGGAGUUGAUGACGCACGGAACAAAAGCGCCCGAAGCAUCCAAAGUUCACAACGCCUUCCUCUCGGUUACAACUGUAUAGUUCUCAAACUUUACCCCAUGUGGUACGAUCUACUUUUGCCUCGUUCAAUGUGGCGAUUUUUAUAAGACAAUAUUAUUUUUCACACUUUGUUAAAUGAUAAUGUUUUUGUAAGCAAUUAAACGAGUUUCAUCAUUUUUUUUUUUUUUUUUUUUACUGUAAGAAAUUAUUCAAAGAAUGUUUCUUAAUCUUUUAUUUUCUUCCUUCUUUUUUUUUUUGCUCAAGAUACUUGUUUUAAGCAUAAACGUCAUGACAUUUAGAUAAAAACCAAUAAGAAAUGGUUGCCAAAAAGCAAAACACUUAAAUGCAACAAAUAUCCACAGAAACAUGCCUUACAAUAAUGCACAGUUUUGCUUAGCAGGUAGCCUGAAUUUAUAGAUAUUUUUACUGUAAAACAACAAAAAUACUUAAGAAUGACAAACUUCAUACAAUGUAUACUUUUCAGCAAAAUGUGAAUUGUUGUACCUACCUUUGGGGGGGGGGGGUUGGAUAUUUCCCCUUUUUCCUCCCAAUUUGGAAUGCCCAAUUCCCAAUGUGCUUUUAAGUCCUCGUGGUGGCGUAGUGAUUCGCCUCAAUCGGGGUGGCGGAGGAUGAAUCCCAGUUGCCUCUGUGUCUGAGAUUGUCAACCCGCGCAUCUUAUCGCGUGGCUUGUUGAGUGCGUUGCCACGGAGACAUGGCACGUGUGUGGAGGCUUCACGCCAUCCACUGCGGCAACCACGCUCAACUUACCACGCACCCCACCGAGAACGAACCACAUUAUAGUGACCACGAGGAGGUUACCCCAUGUGACUCUACCCUCCCUAGCAACCGGGCCAAUUUGGUUGCUUAGGAGACCUGACUGGAGUCAUGGAGCACGCUCAGCACUCCCUGGGAGCUAGUGAGCUAGCAAACUCCAGGGGUGGUAGCCAUUGUAUUUUACCACUGAGCUACCCAGGCCCCCCAAUUACCUGCCUUUAAUCAACGCUGCUGAGUCCGAUUUCUAGCAGUAGGUUUUUUCAUUGAACUUGGUCAAGACCAGCAAGUACUAAACCAAACCAGCUCUCUGAACCAAACAGUAGACAACUCAUGUAGCUAUACAUAAACUGGGCCGGUUCUACCUCUACCUCUGCCAGACACUGGACCAGUUAUAGGGUUCCCAAAACCAGCCCACGUCACUGAAUACACAGCUGGAGAGUCAUUUCUAACUUUAUCGAUUCUAAAAGGACACCCUCUACAAAGUCCAGUGUUGUGUUUAUGACCAGCAGGUGAAUAUGUUUUAUGGUAAAUGUGGAUUAAUCAUAUUGCAGAAAAGUGUUGCUGUCAGAAAGACUGGUUUAUUAAACCAAAUGGAAUACUAAAAACAUACCAGCAUAAAUCAUCUAAAUGUACUCUCAAACUGAUCAAAUGCUUCCCAGAUCAAUUUUGAACGCUUGUUUGCUGGUUCUGCCCAGUGGAUCUCAUUUAAUGAUGGUUAUGGAACCAAUGUCUUUGACUUCACUUUUCUGAAUCUGGUUUUAUUUAUUGGAGCAAAGAUUGUACAUUUCAAUUGUAAAUUUCUGUAUUUGUUCUGGUUAAAUGUUCUCAGUCUUAUUUAAAUAAUCUGUAGUCGUCUCUCUUGGCCAGGUGAAUGUGUGGUCAUUGUGAUAUUUUGACACUAAAUAAAUGUUUUCUUCAAAAAACUCUUUUCAGGUUAAUAGAAACUGCCGGAGUCCCUUUAACUAG